AUGGCGACUUUGCGAAAGGCUCGCGUGCCGCCAGCGACCGACUUGACCGCCGAUUUCCACAGCCUCAUCGCGCAACGACGGCAAGAGUAUCCACCAUCCUCCUCAUCAGCACAGCCUUCUCGUGCGCUCAGACGCAAAGAUCCACCAGAAAAUGUGGUGAAAGCACACAAGCAGUGGCUCAGGCAGGCUUACAUUAUCCGCAAACACAUCAUUUCGCUACUCGGCUUCCUCUACUCGAUACGUAGGAAGUACCUCGCCCUCGGCAAGGCUCGCACGCACCAGCUUCGCGCAGAUCAGGAUGGUACAGAUACACCGGAAAAUCAAGGUGAUGAGGCAGGCUCUGCAUUUGCAAAGUGGAAGGCUUUCACAGGGCCACUGAGCGAUAUGCAGAGGGACGAGAUCGACUUUCAGGUCAAAGUGGUCAUCAAACGAUGCUUGGAGAGCAUCAAGGAAUUAGAAGCCGCAGAAGAAGCUCGUAAAAAGCAUGCGCCCACAACACCAACAGCACUCUCGCCGCUCAACAGCCUACUCGCUCUAUCUACAGCACGAGACUCUUCGACAUCGAUUUUGGCGUCUUCGCUCAUCUCGGCACACCGCGCUUCGAUCACGCAGUACCUGUCGACGCUCUUGUCAAAAGCGUCUGCGCUGCAGAGCGAUAUGCAAGAGGCGCGUCUCAGGGUGCAGCGCGAAAAGACAAAGUCGCUUGCCAACUCGAGGCCGCAACUGCAGCAGUCGGCCAACUCGGCUUCGGCAUCCACAAGCGCAGCAGCUGCUCCAGCAGUGAUUCGAGGCAGCGUGGGCGGCUCGUUCAACCCGGAACUCGACUCAGAGUCCAGCUUGGUCGGCAAAGACAUCAGCGCCCAACUCUCGGCUUCGCAGAUUGAAAUGUUCGAAACGGAAUCCUCCGAACUGAUCAAAUCGCUCGAGUCGGACCUAGCAGCCAUCAGGAAGGCAGAGUCGAGGCUGUACGAGAUCAGCGAGCUUCAGACGCAGGUGGUGCAGCAGCUGGAACAGCAGGGCGAGAUCACGGAUCAGCUGCUGGACGAAGCGAUCGGCGUGGGUACUGAGGUGGGACGUGGAAACGAGGAGUUGCGCAAGGCGAGACAGAGGAGUCGAGAAGCAGACAAGUUUCUGUCCAUCUUCUUGGUGGGAAGCGGUCUUGCUCUGCUGUUCCUGCAUUGGAUGGAUUGA